GGAGGAGCUCGCUCCUUGGGACUUCCGGCGAGGGUGAGAGGUCAGGAGACGGUGCCAUUGGAAAGAGUGACUGCUGAGAGCCGCCGGCGCCAUCCAGAACAGCGAGUGCUUGUCCCCGCAGAGUGGCGCGCUUGAGCAGCUUGACGGCAACGGAUCAGCCGACUCCCCUUUCCGAAAGGCUGUCCAUUGGCUGACGGCACCAUGAUGUACCUGUACGUUAGGCACACUACACUAUUCGUAGACGGGGUAAGGUCUUGGGUCAGGAGCGGCCUCGGCGACAGCGGUUGGACAUCAAUUUUGUGCCUCGCACGGAAAACUUUGCUGAACUCAAGACUCGUGUUGGCAAGUGCUCGCUGUGCAUCACCUCAGACGCCAUGUGACAGCGAACGACGUCGAUAUCGAGUCAUUUUUGCAACAAAAAAAAAAAAAACGAUUCUUCCACUUGGGUUGGUUACGUGGCUGUUUCUCUGCAUUUCUUGCUGCCGAAACCGCCAACAUGCGAUGAUUGGCAGAGUGUACAACCGGCAUGGACCCAUGAGAAAUGCGGCUCGUCGUACCUCAGCAUUCUCAAGAUUCGCUGAGCCUGACGAGACUACAGCUGUUGGCCACGGGCCGUGUUUAGGUGAGACAGGACGCGUCAAAGGCUUGCCAAUCUUAUCGGUGCGGUGCCAUUUCCCCUAGAAUGCGGAACAAGGAGAAGCAAGCAACGGCAGGC